CCCAACUCCAACCUCCUCGCUUUUCCCCAGUUUCCGAUUUUCGACCACCUAGCCUUCCAGCAGCAGCAUGACGGCCGUCGCUCCUUCAAGCUUUGCCUUCACCUCGAGCCACGUCGAGUCGCAGAUCGACCUCUCGCUCGAUGAGCUCAUCAAGCAGCGCCAGGUCGCGGCCAAGGAGGCCAAGGCCAAAGACGCUUCGCCGACCAAGAAGAAGCAGGACAAGAAGCAGACCAAGGCCACCGAGCCGCAAGUGAAGAAGACGAGCGCCCGCAAGAAGCGCGCCAAGAAGGGCAAGAAGGCCGGCAGCGAUGAAAUCGUCACGAUCCAAGUGCCCAAGGCGGUCGCUGAGAAGCUGGCCAAGGAAGCGGCGACGGUGCAGGCGCCGGAAGGCGGCGCUGCCAAGAAGAAGCGCAACCGCAACAAGGGCAAGAAGGCGAAUGCACCGAGCGGUGACAAUGCCCAGCCCAAGCAAAACAACAACAACAGUAACAACAACCAGGCCAAGAACAACAACAACAACAAUGGCAAGAAGCAAGGCAAGAAGCAGAACGCCAACGGUCAGCAAAAGGGUGGCAACAUCUCGCCGACCAACUCGGCCUCCAAGGUCAACACAAGAACCCGGAACGUCCUCUUCAACAUCACGAUGAACAAGAAUCAAAACCCGGCCAAGAAGGGCAAGAAGCAAGACGGCGGCGCCGUGAAGCGCCUCCUCGGCGACCACCUCUCAGCGCUCACGCUCAACGACACCAAGCAAAAGAAGAACAAGAAGGGCAAGAAAAAGGCCAACAACACCGCCAGCAACGUGAACAGCAACAACAACCAGGGCCAGCGGAAUGGCAAGAAGCAGACCCAGUUUGUGACCAAGAAGCGCCAGUCGCGCAAGGCAUGAGCGCACGCCAUUUUUGAACUACCACAUCUUGAUAAUAUAUUGCACCAUACCCUACUACGGCUGCCCGUCGGAGCGAU